AUGAUAAUUUUCAAAUCAACCUCUGUACGAUUUGCUUCAGCAUUCAUAAUAAUCAACAGUGAAGUAUUUGGGAUAUAUCAAGAAGAUACAGCAGAAGUGCCUGAAACGGUGAAGCAAAUAACGGUACCCAACGUGAAUCAAAGUGGACCAGAAGCAAGUGUGAAGAAAUCUGCCCCAGGAAGCAAAGAAGAAAUGCGGGUCAAACGUAGAUUGCGAUCCACAUGA